AUGGAGCUCUCGGCGGUGGGGGAGCGGGUGUUCGCGGCCGAAGCCCUCCUGAAGCGGCGCAUCCGGAAAGGACGCAUGGAAUACCUCGUGAAAUGGAAGGGCUGGUCGCAGAAGUACAGCACAUGGGAGCCAGAAGAGAACAUCCUGGACGCCCGCCUGCUCGCGGCCUUUGAGGAAAGGGAGCGAGAAAUGGAGCUCUAUGGCCCCAAAAAGCGAGGACCCAAGCCCAAGACCUUCCUCCUCAAGGCUCAAGCCAAGGCCAAAGCCAAGACUUAUGAGUUCCGGAGUGACUCAGCCAGGGGCAUCCGGAUUCCCUACCCUGGCCGUUCACCCCAGGACCUGGCAUCCACCUCCCGAGCCCGAGAGGGCCUCCGGAACAUGGGCACCAGCAGCACCAGCAGCACCUGCCGAGCCGAGCCUCCUCCUCGGGACAGGGACAGGGACAGGGACCGGGACCGUGAGCGCGAGAGGGAGCGGGAACGAGAACGGGAGAGGGCUGCCAGUCGGGCGGACGACAAGCCCAGCUCGCCAGGCGACAGCUCCAAGAAGCGAGGCCCCAAGCCCCGGAAGGAGCUGCUGGACCCCUCACAGAGGCCACUGGGAGAGCCCAGUGACAGCCUGGGAGAAUACCUCAAAGGCAGGAAGCUGGACGACACCCCUUCCGGGGCAGGAAAGUUCCCGGCAGGCCACAGUGUGAUCCAGCUGGCCCGGAGGCAGGACUCAGACAUGGCGCAGUGUGGCAUGGCCAGCCCCAGCGCCUCAGAGGCCACAGGCAAGCUGGCCAUGGACACCUUCCCCGCCAGGGUGAUAAAGCACCGGCCUGCCUUCCUGGAGGCCAAAGGCCAGGGCACCCUGGACUCUGGUGGCCCCCGGGUCCGACAUGGUUCCGGCACCCCUGCCUCCAUGGGCAGUCUUUACCGGGACAUGGGAGCCCAGGGAGGAAGACCAUCUCUCAUCGCCAGGAUCCCAGUGUCCAGAAUCCUGGGGGACCCGGAAGAAGAGUCCUGGAGCCCCUCUCUGACAAACCUGGAAAAGGUGGUGGUCACUGAUGUGACCUCAAACUUUUUGACCGUUACCAUUAAGGAAAGUAACACGGACCAAGGCUUUUUUAAAGAGAAGAGAUGA